UUCAGAAAGAGGAAAAAAAAACCCUAAAAAGAAACAAGAGGCACAAUCAAUGGAUUCAAAAUCUUCUCCAUACAAUCGUUCUUAUGCAGGGUCAUUUAGCGAACAAGAGUCAAAUAACAACUAUGUCGCUCGCAUUUCUUGUAAGCGAUGCACCUGCUGCGUUCUAACAGUACUCCUUGAAAUCUUGAUCAUUAUAUCAGUCAUUGCCAUUCUAGCCUUCUUUGUCCUGAAGCCCAAGAAGCCUGAAUUUGCCUUACAGUAUGCUCAAAUGGAGUCCCUGAACAUCGAACCUCCGACCCUUUCAGACAUGGCAAUCUAUCUCACCAUGAACAUCACCAUGAUUUUCACCGCCAUGAAUCCCAACAAGGUGGGACUCAAAUACAAGCCUGCAAAUUUUUUUGUAAUGUACGGGGGAAUACCCUUGGGCUUCGCUACCAUCCCAGCUUUCUAUCAACCUUCACAUUGCAAUACAACUCUUCAGGCCCAGUUUGUGGUGAAAAGAAUUAAUAUUCAGGAGAAUCCCACUGUGGAGCUUAUGAGAGAUAUCACUGUAAAUCGUAGGCUUGAGAUGCGUAUAAUUGGGGAUGUUGAAGCUGGAUUAACAUUCAUAGGAAUAAAUUUACCAAAAAUUAAGGUGUUGGUGGAUUGCGAGCUUAAAGUGAGGUCUCAGCAAAAUCUUGUGAGGGACAAAACCAGAGGCGCGGAUGAGGUAGACAUUUUCUCUUCUCCGGUGACGGUUAACCAAAUGUGCUCAAUACUUGUGUACGUAUGACAUGUAAAAUUACUGGUAUACAUCGCAGUAAAUGGUGUAAGCAUGAUUUCAGUGAAGUUGCAGAUGUAAGACUGCAAUUUAGAUUGUACAAAUAUUGAGAACGAUGUAAUAUACAUGAAAUAUUGCGCCAAAGAUGUAUUGGCCAAUGGUUUUGAUAGAGAGGACAGCUAACAUAAAAGCCGAAAGCAGUUAAACUAACCAGUUAGGAAUGUAAACAAAUGUGAAUGUCUGUAUACGAAUUUUUUUGAAGAGUUACAGUCAGAAGGAAAGAUGUAAAUCAAUUAUUUUUAAUGUAAAAGCAUGCUUA